AUGUCCUCGGGCUGCGUAGUGCGAUAUGCUACCCCUCCCAGAAGCCGCUGCGGCAGUGGCGCCGGUGCCGGCAAUGGCAGCGGCGGUGGGGGGAGGGGCGGCGGUGGCGGUGGGACCGUUUGGAAUGCAGUCAAAACUGUCAGUCGUUCCAAUGGCAGCGGCCGAGCUCUAUCUGAAACACUGGCUUUUAAUUCUUCUCUUCUGAGGCCCCGUGUGAUUGGAGAAUGGAUUGGUAGAGAAGAAAAUGAUGCUGAUCCACUAGCUGCUGAAAUGCUACAACCUCCAAUUCCAAGAAGUAAAAAUGACCAAUGGGAAAGUGAAGAUAGUGGAUCUAGCCCUGCAGGAAGCUUAAAGAUGGAGCCUAAGACUAAGGGAUUAAAACAGCAGCAACAGCAACAUAAGAAACUCUUGGCAGCAAUGCUCUCUCAAGACUCUUUUGAGUCGAUCCACAGUCCUACUCCAUCUGUAACAGAAGAAGAUAUUGAUAAUGAAGAUGAUGCAAUGGAAUUGCUGGAGGAUCUUAAUGAUUUAAGAAUGGAGGGAGUAACAACCCUGGUACCUUCUGGGAGCAAAUUUAACCAAGGCCGUCCUACUCAUCCUGCUGAGCCUCAGGCCAAGGUCACACUGAACAUCUGUUCAAGGUGUGCCAGGCUUCAAGGAGACAACCUGGCAGAAAGGACAGAAGAGACAUUACAAAUACUUCAUUCUCCAGAUGAAAUAAUCCCAGAUUCUUUGGAUUCUUUACCUGGGACUGAAGAAGCACUAAUGGAAGAGGGCGAAGAAUUUGAGAAAGCAUCUAAAUUAACAGGAUCUGACGAAGCUUCUAGUGGAGGACACUCUUUGAAAAACUACAUGGAAGAAGAUGAAUCCUUAAAGCAACUGCAAGUAGUUCAUCAACCAUGGAUCUUGCCGAGUGACACAGAAAGUGAAGGAGUGGAAGCAGAACAAGAGAAACGUUCUGCUGACCUUCUUCUUUGUGUUCCAUGCUCUUCUUGUCCUACACUGGUCUACUCUGGUUUGUGAAGCAAGCAGAAGAAGUUGCAAGUGGUCCUUAAAGAAAUUGGAAUUAUUCAAAUCCUUAUGUAUAGUUCUAAUUUUAUUUACUAUGUGUAAUCAUUUGGAGAAUGGUUAUUUUUAUAAUAUCAAUAAUAGACAAGUACUAUUAUAACCAGGGAGUACCGAAAGGUUUAAUUGGAGAACACUAAUCUUGGCAAAGGAUUGUGGGGUGGUCAGGAUUACCUGCUGCCUUUUGACAUGGUUAGAGUCCUGAGGUUAGAUUACUUUAUACCUAGUUAUGAAGAUUAAUAUUUGAUAUAUUAAAUAUUGCCUGAUUCAAAUAA